AUGCCUGCAAUCCCGCAUUCGUCGCUCAAGUCGACCGUAGUCGUCGCGGCCGCCACGUCACCGGCCGGUCAAGCGCCAAUCAGAGCGCUCGUGUUCGACUGCGACGGGGUGAUUCUUGAGUCUGAGGAUCUCCAUCGGCGCGCUUACAACGCGGCGUUCGCGCACUUCGCGAUUCGGUGUCCGGGAGAGAACGCCGUCGUUGAUUGGACGACGGAGUUUUACGAUGUUCUGCAGAAUAAGAUCGGCGGCGGGAAACCCAAGAUGCGAUGGUACUUCAACAAGAAUGGGUGGCCGCAUUCGUCGAUUCUGCCCGCCCCUCCCACCACGGAUGCUGACAAGGACGUGCUUAUAGACACGCUGCAGGAUUGGAAGACGGAGAAAUACCAGCAAAUGAUUGGAUCCGGGCAGGUGAGCAAUGAUUGGAUCCGGGCACGUGACGACGUGCCAAAGAAGAAGCCAGAUCCCACCAUCUACAAGAUCGCAGCACAGCGCCUGGGAGUGCCGCCCUCGUCGUGUCUGGUGGUGGAAGACAGUGUGAUUGGCCUGCAGGCUGCUCUGGGAGCCGGCAUGCCGUGUGUGAUCACGUACACGCCUUCCACCAAGAGCCAGGAUUUCACUGGGGCUGUAACGGCGUUUGAUGAUCUAGGUGGAGUUUCUUUGGAUAAGCUCAUUACUGCAUGCUCUGCUGUUGUGGCCUGA